UUUCAGUUUGGAAUUAUAUUACAAUAUUAAGAAUGCACCGUUCACAACAUGAAGGUGUUUCCAAUAAAGAUCCUAAGCAGCUGGAACGUAAGAUGGAAAUGGAGCUACGUUAUAAUUUGUUAAUGCCAAUCGACCCUGAAUAUGAUCCUGCCAUGUGCCGUGAUGAGUUUUUGCGGAAACUGUUUGCAGAAUUGAAUUUACCUCAACAUGAGAAAUUCAGCACAGAAUCGAGCACAGAUUCUUCAGAAACUGGGUUCAACUAUCCCCCUCGUUUAUCUGAAAAAAUAUCGCUGAGUACCUUUGUUAGGAAGGCCCCGGUUGUAAUCAAAGCAACCCGACGAAUGGAUCGAGGUCAAUGGAAGGAUUACACAGCAUCGUCGUACAAGUUCAGUGUGCUCUCUGGUCGGACAGAUCUGCACGAUGAGCUGAUGGAAUCGAUGAAACGAUCCUCGUUGUACUUAAUGUUCUCACGCGUCCUUAAUCGACUGCGAAUCAUGGAAAGAAUCUCGUUGGAUUGGGGAGAUAUCGAUAGAAAUACUCUGCCAAAUAUGCUAUUCAAAUGGUCUAUGGAUGCGUUCUUCAAACGUUGCAUGUUGCCCGAAUCAACCUACCUCGAUGUUCUCCAAAUGAACCACAGUGAAGAGUCGCUCGAAUGGGCAAAGUUCAGCACCGAUAUCGAGGAGAUAAUCCGUUAUUACAAAUUCUUCUACACGGAGACAUUUCUCGAUAAGGGCUAUAAAGCAAUGCUAACCAUAGUCGGUCAUCAGCAGCAGCUCCUCAAUAUUGGUGAGGAACUGGACCAGACUCUAGCGAUUUCAAAAAAAGAUUUUGAUCGUAUUGCUCAGAGGUCACGUAAAGACUCCAGCGAUUGGUGGCGUCGACACAGAAGAAAUCUGGUCAAGGAAUGCAAAAGACGGUCCAUGACAGCCACGGUUCUUCUGCCCAUCCAAUGGAGAUACAUGCGAGACAAUUAUGCUACCAUGACGGAGAUGCAGAUCCUCAAGGAUAACAUGGCAGUUGAUAAGCUUCGCAAUCAAAUCAAGGAAAUCAGACAACAGAUGGAGGAUGACCAACAAACUACGCAUCAAACCAUGCUCAUCUAUAAUAUACAAAUCGAGAACUAUCAGAGCCGCAUAGACACUUUCUCAGAGAAGCUUUCUUCUGAAUUAUCUCAAUGGGAAGAUAAGAACCUUAUAGCCACGAUUCAAUUGAACAAAGCUGUCGAUGAGUACAAGAAUAUUGAGGAUAAAAUCGCAUUCAUGGAAAGACGUGUUCUGGAGGUUCAAGAGCUGAAGAUAGCUGAGAGACAGGCGCAGAUUGAUCGCAUUUUCAAUUCUAAUAGCCAACCAACAAAUUACCAAAGUUCGAAGGCUACGAAAAAAAAGGGUCUUGGCAAAAAGCUCAAGCGAUUCCGAUGAUCAUGAUGAAAGCUUCAGCUGAAGCUGCAUAAAAACUAUUUUUAAUCAGCAAGCAUUGAAAGUGAAUUCAAUUAAUUGCUGGUGGAUUAAAAAUAACUUUUUAAGAAGCUUUAAAGCUAAAGCUGAAACGGAUCUCUGUGCCAGGACCGACUUUAAGUGUGAGCUUUCCAGAGCUUUGCAUUAGCUUUCAUGAGCUUUCAAUAAAAACAGUUGCUGCUUGGAAUAUCUCUAAAUCAGCAGUUGUGUUUCUGCUGUA